AUGGACGCAACUUCCAAAGAAGAAAAACCAUUCAAUCCAAGGGCUAAAGCUAAUAUUCUUGAAGUCGUUACUUUUAGUUGGAUUUUAAAACUUAUUAAAAAGGGAUUAAAGAAAGAAUUAGAUUUAAUCGAUUUAUACACAAUUUUGGAAGAAGAUUCAUCUGCAUUACUGGGCAACAAAUUAGAAAAGUUAUGGAAGGAGGAAUUGAUAAAUUCAAAAAAGAAAAAUCGAAAGCCGAGUUUUUUAAGGACACUAAUUCAAAUGUUUGGAACAAAGUUUUUUUGUACUGGAAUUCUAUUAACAAUAUUAGAAAUUUUUUUAAGCAUUGGUAUAUCGACUAUUGUUGGAAAAAUAGUAGUACAUUUUGAAACUAAUAAAUCAGUUAAUCAAAGCCUAGAUGGAAUUUACUUAGCAAUUGGCUUAAUAACAGUUUUAUUGACGAGGUCAAUUCUUUAUAACAGUUUUGAUAUGAUAAUAUCUCAUACUGCAAUGAAAAUUCGUGUGGCGACUUGCAAUAUUAUUUACAAAAAGUCGUUGCGACUGAAAUCUAAUUCUUACGAUCAGACAUCGACCGGUCAAAUAAUAAACCUCAUGUCAAACGACGUAAAUCGAUUUGACAUAUCACUUUUGUAUGUGCCUUUUCUGUGGAUUGGUCCUAUAGAAACAAUCGUAGUGACGUAUUUUUUAUGGCAAGAAGUUGGUGUGUCAUCAGUACUUGGUGUUGCUACGUUGCUUAUUUUUAUACCAUUACAAAUAUGGCUGGGGUCAAAAACGUCUGAAAUUCGAUUACAAACAGCAAAAAGAACGGACCAACGAGUACACCUAAUGAACGAAAUCAUUUCGGGUUUACAAGUGAUAAAAAUGUACACUUGGGAACCAUUUUUUAAUAAUCUCACAAAAUAUGCUAGAAAGAAAGAAAUGAACAAAAUUAUAGAAUCGGCUUAUGUAAAAGGAAUUUUGUCAUCGUUUUUUCUAUUUAACACUAGAAUCUCAUUAUUUGUGAAUUUAUUUGCAUACAUAUUAUUUGGAAACAAUAUAACAGCAUCGAAGGUGUUUGUAAUCACUUCUUAUUAUAACAUUUUAAGAGGAACAUUGACUGUAGCCUUUCCACCGGGCAUUGGUCUAACUGCUGAAUUGCUAGUGUCAAUAAAACGAAUUGAGGAUUUCCUUUUAUACGAAGAAAAUGAUAAACAAGCGACCAUCCAAAUAAAAUCAACAGAUGUUUGUAGAAAAAUAAUAAACGACGGUGAUGUGUCGAAUAACAUAAGUAAUGGCCACGAUACUGCAGUACAAUCAAGUAAUUUCGGCAUAGUCAUGUCGAAUGCUUCAGCCAAGUGGACAGACGCUCAAACCGACAAUACCUUAGAAAAUAUCAAUUUAACCGUAACGCCCGGUCGAUUGGUCGCAAUAAUUGGUCCAGUAGGGGCAGGAAAAAGUUCGUUGGUACAAGCUAUUUUACAGGAACUACCACUUGUAGAUGGAAGUAUUUCCGUGCGUGGUAUAGUGUCGUACGCAUCGCAAGAGCCAUGGUUAUUCUCAGGUUCUGUUAAACAGAAUAUUAUUUUUGGUUCACCGAUGGACAAGUACCGUUAUAACAAAGUAAUAGAUGUAUGUGCGCUGAAAACAGAUUUUGAGCAAUUUCAGUAUGGCGAUCAGACGGUUGUAGGUGAAAGAGGGUUGUCUCUCAGUGGUGGACAGAGAGCAAGAAUAAAUUUAGCGAGAGCCAUAUACAAACAAGCCGAUAUAUAUUUAUUGGAUGACCCUUUAUCGGCGGUGGACACUCGUGUUGGCAAGCAUUUGUUUGAAAAAUGUAUUAAAGAGUAUCUCAAAGAAAAGACUUGUAUACUAAUAACCCAUCAAAUACAAUACUUGACUAGUGUAGAUCAAAUUGUUUUAAUGGAAAACGCAAAAGUUACAGUGGAGGGUUCAUAUCAAGAACUUCAAAGCUCUGGCUUAGACUUUACGAAAUUACUGGGAUCUUCAAUGGAAACUGUAGUUUUAGCCGACAAUGAGUGUAAAAAUGAAAAAUCCAUCAUCGAAAAUUCUGAAAUACAUUCCCCACAUACUGCACGAAAGUUGUCAGUAUCCAAUGUUGAGUCGCCUGUCCAAGAAACCGAGACCAACGAUGUUCACGCCAAACCGGUUAACAUGGCUGAAACGCGUUCUUCGGGGAAUGUCGGAUUUUCUAUCUAUUCAUCGUAUAUUUUCGCCGGUGGCCGUUAUUGUAAAGUACUGAGUCUAUUGUCGGUGUGCAUUUUUACUCAAGUACUUGCAUCCGGCAGUGAUUACUGGAUAACUUAUUGGGUUGAUUUAGAAGAUCAUUAUUUUCGUGUAACUGAACAAUUCGUGGCUACUAAUAAUGUUACGUUUACAACAAUCCAACCGACUGCCAAAUUAAUGUCGUGGAUUGUAUCGAGACAAACUUGUGUCGUAGUAUUUGCAAUACUUACACUCUUAAUUAUCAUAUUUGCCUUUGCCGAGUUGGCUUUGAUGAUAUCUAUAUGCACCACAGCAUCUUCAAAUUUACAUAAUCAAAUGUUCAAUUCGAUUACAAGAGCAACAAUGAACUUUUUGAAUAAAAAUCCAGCAGGGCGAAUUCUAAAUCGUUUUUCAAAAGACAUAGGGGCUAUUGAUGAAACAUUGCCUCCAAUAUUCGUUGACGUUGUACAAAUCGGAUUGACGGUGGUAGGAAUAUUAAUAGUGGUGGGAAUUGUCAAUUACUAUUUAAUGCCACCAACAUUGGUUAUAAUAAUAGUUUUUUUCAAAAUGAGAAAAAUGUACAUGACAACAACUCGCAAUGUUAAACGUCUAGAGGGAGUCGCACGAAGUCCUAUGUUUACUCAUGUUAAUUCAUCACUUCAAGGACUGACAACAAUAAGAGCAUUUGAUGUAGAACAAAUACUUUCCCAAGAGUUUUCGAGCCACCAAGAUUUGCAUUCUUCGGCUUGGUAUUUAUUUAUGAGUUUAAGUAGAGCAUUUGGGUUUUGGUUAGAUAUUGUUUGCAUUUUUUAUACAAGUCUUGUAGCAUUUUUCUUCAUUUUCGUGGUUAAUGAUACACAUGGUGGAAAUGUUGGUUUAGCUAUUACACAAGCAAUUGGAUUAACUGGUAUGUUCCAAUGGGUAGUAAGAUUGUCUGCAGAAUUGGAAAAUCAAAUGAUAUCAGUUGAAAGAGUUCUAGAAUACACAAAUGUACCACAAGAAUUAGCUCUUGAAUCAGCUCCAAACAAAAAACCACCCAAAGAAUGGCCAAAUAAAGGACAAAUUGUAUUUAGCAAGUUCUGUCUGCGUUACGACCCAGAAACACCAUUUGUUUUAAAAAAUAUCACUGUUACAAUCGAGGCCACAGAAAAAAUAGGAAUUGUUGGAAGGACUGGUGCUGGUAAAUCAUCUUUGAUUGGAGCAUUAUUUAGAUUAGCUCUUAACGAGGGUAGUAUUAUUAUCGAUGGUAUAGAAAUACAUGAAUUGGGAUUACAUGACUUGCGAUCUAAUGUGUCCAUCAUUCCUCAAGAACCUGUUUUGUUUUCUGGAACAAUGAGAAAAAACUUGGACCCAUUCGAUGAAUACUCAGAUCAUGUUCUUUGGAAAGCCUUAGAUGAAGUGGAACUUAAAGAUAUUGUGGACGAUUUAUCUGAUGGCCUGAACUCAAAAAUAUCCGAAGGUGGAUCCAAUUUGAGUGUUGGUCAAAGACAAUUAGUAUGCUUGGCUAGAGCUAUUGUACGAAAUAAUAAAAUCCUUGUAUUAGAUGAAGCCACUGCCAAUGUGGAUCCACAAACUGACGGUUUGAUACAAAAUACUAUCAGAAAUAAGUUUCGAACGUGUACAGUAUUAACGAUUGCUCAUCGUUUGAUCACUGUUAUGGAUUCUGACAAAAUAAUUGUAAUGGACAGUGGUACAAUAGUUGAAUUCGACCACCCAUAUACUUUGUUGGAAAACAAAAAUGGAUAUUUGUACAAAAUGGUAGAACAAACAGACCCAAAUAACGCCAGAUUGUUACAUAGUAUAGCAGCUGAGAGUUUUAAUAGACAACAAUAUACAGAUGUCAACUCAAAUUAA